AUGGAGCGCGACAGCCGCCGUGGUUACGGCCGGGGCGCUUUCUCUCGCGGUGGUAGUUACAGUCGAGGCGCAGGUCGUCGCGGUGGUGGGAAUAGUGGUGCUGGUGGUGGUGGUGGUGGCGGCGGAUCUUUUGGUGGACUGGCACCGCGGGGCGGUGGAGGAUUCAAGCCCGGUGCGAACGCUCGUCGUGAAGGUGGUGGUCCAGGCAGGGGACGCGGCGGCGGCGGCGGCGGCGGCGGCGGCAGCUGGCGAGGCGGCGCCAGUCGAGGCCGCGCUAGUCGAGGACGUGGCGGGUCUGCAGGUCGUGGCGCCCCGGGUCGCUCGUUGAGAGGUGGAUCACGGGUUCUUGUUGAGCCGCACCGUCUCCCGGGUGUCUUCAUCGUUCGCGGUAAAGAGGAUGCGCUUUGCACGAGAAACCUGAUUCCCGGCGACACGGUUUACGGUGAGAAACGCGUGUCCGUUGAGGCCGUCGAUCCGAACACCGACGAAAAGCGCAAGAUCGAGUACCGAAUAUGGAACCCGUUCCGGUCCAAGAUGGCGGCGGCGAUUCUCGGUGGCAUUGAGCGCUUCCCCAUCGGGCCCGGUACCAAAGUGCUUUACCUGGGCGCAGCGAGCGGAACCACCGUAUCACAUGUUUCGGACAUUGUAGGCGCCAGCGGGGUUGUUUACGCAGUCGAAUUCUCGCACCGGUCGGGGCGGGAGCUGGUAGCGCUGGCACAGCGUCGGCCCAAUAUUGUUCCCAUUGUCGAAGAUGCCCGCUACCCAGCGAGAUACCGCAUGCUGGUGCCCAUGGUGGACACCAUCUUCGCCGAUGUCGCGCAACCGGAUCAGUCUCGUAUCCUAGCCAUGAAUGCAGCGUACUUUCUUAGAACCGGAGGAUACUUUAUGAUUUCGAUCAAGGCAAGUUGCAUUGACAGUACAGCGGCACCCGCCGCCGUCUUCGCGAGCGAGGUAGAAAACCUCCAGAAAGAGCGAUUUCGACCGCUUGAGCAGUUGACCUUAGAGCCGUACGAACGAGAUCAUGCGGUGGUCAUCGGCACGUACCGCGUACCACCGAAAAGCAAACCGUAA